AAUUCAGACCUCCAAAUUCUCUCCCAAAACUUUCAGUCCACCGCUCUCACAAAAUUUCAUAUUUCCGAAGAAUCUCUCUUUCAGCUGCGAAAUUACCAAAAAGCCCUCCCACCUUCCUCAAGCUCUAUGGCUCAGAACAAUUCUGCCUAACCGAUCAUCUUCCCCGCUCUCUGCUCAGCUCAGCUCAGCUCAACUCCGCUUGUCUCUGUUGUCUCGCUGCCUUUCUCCGACUGAAUUGCCGCCAUCUCUUUCUCUGCUGAAAAGCUCAACUGAAUUUCCAGAAUUUUUCAGGCGAGGUAGUAAAGGCGGUACCGGUGAAGCGCUAGGGUUAGGGUUUCGUUUCUGCUGCUUUCGGAAGGUUUCGCUUCAGUUGCGAAGAGUAAUUGAAGAUUAACUUGACUUCGAGCACAGUUUGUGACGGUUUAUUCCAGCACAUUGGAGAAUAUGGGCCAAGAUAUAAUCAAGCAGUUAAAGGGAAUGAAUGGGCAGGCAGUACCAGUUGGAUAUGGGAGUCCUAACAGUGAUGCUGGGCACGUAGUCCUUGGAUCAUCAAAAAGGUGCAGUUUUCAAGCACAGGAAAAGCUAUCCAGACCAUUUGUCAGUUUGGGCCAAGAUGUAACAAAUAGGUUAAAGUUCAAGUUAAAGCGAAUGGAAAUGCGAUCACUGGGAUAUGAGAGUCCCAAGGAUGAUGCUAGACAGGUAGUUCUUGAAGCAUCAAAGAGGGGCAGUUUUCUUCAAGCACCGGAAAAGCAUGCUAAAACAUUGGACGGUACGGGCCAAGAUGGACGUGCAGUACCAGUUGGAUUGGACAGUCCCAAGGGUGACGCUACGCACCCAGUCCUUGAAGCAUCAAAGAGUUGCAGUUUUCUCCAAGCUCCGGAAAAGCAUGCCGAAAUGUUUGAUAAUACGGGCCACAAUGGGUCUCCAGUACCAGUUGGAUUGGAUAGUCGCAAGGGUGAUGCUAGGCACCUAGUCCUUGAACCACCAAAGAGUUUUCGUCAAGCACAGAAAAAGCGAUCUAAAACAUUGGCCAAUAGGGGCCAAGAUGUAACUAACAAAUCAAAAGCUUUGGAUUGGAAUGCAGUAUCAUUUGGAUGUGACAGUCCCAAGGAUGAUGCUAGGCACGUAGUCCUUGAGGCAUCAAAGAGCUUUCUUCAAGCACAUGAAAAGCAUUCUAAAAAAUUGGACAAUAUGGGCCAAGAUCUAACAAAGAAGUUAAAGGUCAAGUUAAAGUUAAAAAAGGGAUUGCAUGGGCGUCCAGUACCAGUUAGAGAUGAUGGUCUCAAGGGUGAUGCUGGGAAUCUAGUCCUAGAGGCAUCAAAGAGUUUGGAACAAAGUAUUGGUGGUUUGAUUGAUGGAGGUGGAAAUACUGAAGUAGACCAGCACACUCAGAUGGAGACUAAGUCGAUCAAGCCAAGACUUGUACGGAUAUCUGUCACGGAUGGUGAUGCAACAGAGUCCUCCAGCGAUGAAGAGGCUGAGCCCUUGGCCACUAGUCACCGAGUCAAGAAGUUCAUCAAUGAGAUUAUGAUCGAGUCCUCCUCCACAAAAACUGAUAGUGGUGUUUGGAGGAGCAGGACAACAAGGAUGUGGCGGAAGAAGACAGGUGGAAAAUCUGGACUUCCAGCUACUUGCCGAACGUUGAAGGCACAGACAACCUGGAAGAAGUUCCGCGGUGUGAAGGCACAGGCAACCAAGAACAAGUUCCUAGGAGUGAGGCAGAGACCAUGGGGAAAAUGGGCAGCAGAGAUUAGAGAGCCUCAUAGUGGAAGACGGCUCUGGUUGGGUACAUUUGAUACGGCUGAGGAUGCAGCUAUGGUGUACGACAAAGCAGCCGUUCUGCUGCGUGGACCUGACACUUUCACCAACUUCAGUACACCUCAGGUGGCAAAUGAAGAUGGCAAUUUGUAAUUGGAGGAGUUCUGUCCAGAUGAUUCAGAAUUAUGACAACGAUUUCUCUACGGUUAAGUAUAUACCAUGCAGCCAAAACCAUGGACACAGUUGGGAGUUUGGGACUGGAAAAUCAACGGUGAAAGUAGGCAGACCAAAGACUGCAUUGCACUUGAUGGUCAAGUGGAGUCGUCCAUAAUGAUGAAAUCAUUCUUUAUAUGUGCUGUCGACUACCAGGGUGCUGAGUUUUAUGUCACGAAUUCAUGAUCAAGUCGAUAUUGAUGCCUUAGACAUGCUUCUGGUGAAAUGUAUACCAUUCCUAGCUCAGUUGAUAACCCCAUGGUGGGAUUCAGUUGACAGCCUUCUGUUGGUCUGCAGGUCUCUUAAUUCUUCAUACGUUUGCUCUCAAUGAUGUUACUGCCAGAUCCAUGGUCUAUUGGACUUGACAUAAAGCACACUGAUGAAUGGAAGUUUCUGUUUCUCCUCAAUUCAGGAGCAAUAUUAUGUGCAACUGUCUGAUCUAACUUGCCUCAGAAGUAGCGCAACAGAUACAGAAAGGGAAGGCCAAUUAUUUACAAAUUGCCUUCAAUGUCUUUCCUUUCCACAGGAUGAUCGAAGCAGUACUUAAGGGUUUUGGUUUUCUGCUGAAAAUUAUAUUGAAGAGUGGAUGUUGAAUUGAUAGGUUAUCUCAGAAGCUUUACCCUCAAAGAUGCUGAAAGUCAGGACUCAUGUCUUAUGUAUUAUUGAGUAUAUGUAUAUAUAUUGAUUAUGAAUUCCUUUAUAUAUAUUACAUGCACAUGUCAGAGCACAUCAAUUAGUAAAUUCCACUACAAACUAUGGAAUGACUGAAAUAUUUACAUUUCUUUG